GAGCUGCUGCUGGUUUUGUUUGAUUAACAGAACAGGUCGGAGUCCAGAGACGUUUCCACCAGUUUCUGUCUUUAAUUCAACUCUGCACAGGAAAACAACUGUUUCAUAUCAAUUCAAUUCAAAAAGUGACUCAAAUUUAACUAUUUUGACCUAAAACUGAGAUUUAAAGCAAACGUAGGAACAUGUUCCUUUCUACAGUGUCUGUGUCUCUGUGUGUGUCUCUGUGAGUCUGUGUGUGUGUCUGUGUGUGUCUCUGUGAGUCUGUGUGUGUCUGUCUGUUUUUUUCUCUGUGUGUGUCUCUGUGAGUCUGUGUGUGUGCCUCUGUGUGUGUGUCUGUUUGUUUCUCUGUGAGUCUGUGUGUGUGUCUGUCUGUUUGUUUCUCUGUGUGUGUCUCUGUGUCUCUGUGAGUCUGUCUGUGUGUGCCUCUGUGUGUGUGUCUGUUUGUUUCUCUGUGUGUGUGUGCAGUGAGAUCAGUGUCAUGGCGGACGCCAGCAUCAUGGCGGUUUGUUGUCGAGCGUCUGUUCUCGCUCUUUGUUUCCUCGUCUGCUUCCUUCAGGUUCUCAUCCAAGGACAAGUUUUCCUUCGGGCUCCGCAGGCGCAUCAGGUUCUGCUGAGAACCCGACGGGCCAACUGGCUGCGUGUGGAGGAGGUUCUGCAGGGGAACCUGGAGAGGGAGUGCAUCGAGGAGCGCUGCAGCUACGAGGAGGCGCGGGAAUGUUUCGAAGACACAGAGAAGACGAACUCGUUCUGGACUCUUUACUACGACGGGGAUCAGUGCGAGCCCAACCCCUGCCUCCACUCAGGAAACUGCACCGACCAAGUGGGCGGGUUCCAGUGCUCCUGCCCCGCCCCCUUCUCUGGAACCCACUGUGGCCAGCAGGACGCAGAACGACGCCCGGCCACCGCGUCGCAAAGCUACGCACCAGGUGCAGAAUGUCCGACCGGCGGUCCGACCGCCUGUCACCAGACCUGCACGCUGUCCGACCACGCCCCCUCCUUCACCUGCUCCUGCACCAAGGGAUUCAAACUACAGACCGACCAACGCAGCUGCGUGCCUGAAGGGGCGUCUCCCUGCGGACGACUUCCUGACAACGCCACCACGUCUACUUCCUGUCAUGGAAACUGUCCCUGGCAGGUGACGGUGCUGAACAGGCGGGGGGCGGAGCUGUGUGGGGGCGUGGUGCUGGGGCGGCGCUCCAUCCUGACCGCCGCCCGCUGCCUCGUGCUGGACUCGGGUUCCGAGCCGCGAGCGCCCGACCUGCGCCUGCUCGCCGGCAACAGGCUCCUCCCCCUCCGGGAUCUGAAGAUCCAUAAACUUUUUCGAUUAGAUCACCAUGACAACGACCUCGCCCUCCUGGAGCUGGCCCGCCCCCUGCGCUUUGGCCCCUCCCUCCUCCCCCUCUGCCUGCCCACCAAGGACUUCAGCGAAAACAUCCUGAUGCAUUCUGGGAGGACGGGCGUAGCCGGGAGCCAGGAGCUGGUCUACCUGACGCUGGACGAGUGUCGCGCUGCGGCGGGCGGCCAGCAGCCAAUCAGCAACAAGAUGUUCUGCAUGCGCCGGCACAGCGUCCAGGAGGCGGAGCCACACGAGACCGGCCCUUUAAUGGACAGGAGGCAGGAAGGACCCGUGAGGAAGCAAAAUGGCUGCCAGAAUCCCUACAGUCAUCGUGGACACCAGGGGGCGCCAGUCGGAGCCACAUUUAAAAACAGCAGCAGUUUGAAUAGUGACAAUCCGACGCCUUCGGGAUCAGUCGCUGGUUCGAGGUCAGAGGUCGGCGGCGGCGGCGGCAGGCGUAGCAGUGGACCGUUACCAGGAUCGCCCGUCGCCACGGUGGACCGGGGGACGGCGUUUCUGACCGGGCUGAUGAUCUCGACUCCCGCAGCCAGCGACGCCCUCGUGUUCACGAAACUGUCCCGCUACCUGACCUGGAUCAAACCCAGUCUGGAGGCGGCCGAGGAUCGAAUGACGCCACAAGACCGCCAUUAUCCCGAGGCUCGCUAGCAACUCGCUAACAAUUCGCUAGCAACUCGCUAGCAACUCGCUAAAAACUCGCUAACAACUCGCUAGCAACUCGCUAACAACUGGCUAACAACUGGCUAGCAACUCGCUAGCAACUCGCUAGCAACUCGCUAACAACUCGCUAGCAACUCGCUAACAACUGGCUAACAACUGGCUAACAACUCGCUAGCAACUCGCUAACAACUCGCUAGCAACUCGCUAACAACUCGCUAACAACUCGCUAACAACUCGCCAUCUUUGAAACGCUCAGCUGACGAGCUGGUUAUCUUCAAAAGAUGAAUCUUUACUAAUGGGGAGACUAAUGCAGGUGAAAAAUAUUAAAUAGUUAAAAAAUCCAAAUAACUUAAUAAGUCUUAACUAAGACUUAAUUGAUGAGAAACAUGUUUAAUGUGAAGCAGGAACUUCAACUUCCUGUCAAUCACUUGUCAGGCUGAACGCCUCACUCCGAGUCAUACAUUAUUAAACAUUAAUAUGUGAAUUAUUAUUGAUGAAAAAAGACAAAAUGAAUAAAAAAACGUGAGUAAAUGAAAAUCUUUUUUUUCUUUUUCACCUGAUAAAACUCAAUUUUAUUUAAUGUAAAUUCUCAGUUUUUGUUUAUUUAACAUCUGUAAAGUAGAAAAGUCAAAAUAAUAAAAUGUGACUGAAGAAAACUCAAUAAGAAUAAAAUGUUCUGUCUCUAAA